ACCGGCACAGAGAGAGGGGCAGUAGCUUUUACAAAGCCCUGCAAAUCAACUCCAUUCCUCUCUCUCUAAACGCUCCCAUCUCUGCAUUUCUCUCUCUAAAGAGCUCUCCGUUUCUCUCCAUCGCGCUGAAGAUAUCUUAUAAUUGGAGUUUGCUGGUGGAAUUGAAGUGCCUCUCCAGGACCUUUGAUUUGGGAAUUCUUUACUGAGAUUCUAGUCGCUUCUGUUGCAAAGGGUAUUUUUCGUUAGCGUCUCCUUUGAGAGGCCAAGACUAUACUUCAAUUAGGUCUUCUGGUUAAUUAUACCCACAAAGAGUAGAGUUUGAGUAAAAGAUGACAGUCAGAACUCCAGGAACACCCGCUUCAAAGAUGGAUAGGACACCGGUUUCAACUCCCGGAGGUCCCAAAUCAAGGGAAGAGAAGAUUGUCGUCACGGUUCGAUUAAGGCCUUUGAACAAGAAGGAGCAGUUUGCCAAAGACCAAGUAGCAUGGGAGUGUAUUGAUGAUCAUACAAUUGUUUAUAAACCGCCAUCGGACGAACGUGCGGCUCAUCCAGCUUCUUUCACAUUUGAUAAAGUAUUUGCUCCUGGUUGUGUUACUGAAAUGGUAUAUGAGGAUGGGGUGAAGAAUGUUGCUUUGUCCGCUUUGAUGGGAAUUAAUGCAACCAUAUUUGCAUAUGGGCAAACUAGCAGUGGGAAGACCUACACCAUGAGAGGCAUAACGGAGAAAGCUGUUAACGAUAUCUACACGCAUAUUAUAAAUACUCCAGAAAGAGACUUUAGAAUUAAAAUCUCUGGAUUGGAAAUCUAUAACGAGAAUGUCCGGGACCUGUUAAAUUCUGAAUCAGGUCGUAGCCUCAAGCUUCUAGAUGAUCCAGAGAAAGGUACAGUUGUGGAGAAAUUGGUAGAAGAGACAGCAAACAAUGAUCAACAUUUAAGACAUCUUAUCAGUAUUUGCGAAGCUCAAAGGCAAGUUGGUGAAACCGCCCUAAACGAUAAUAGCUCACGGUCACACCAAAUAAUUAAGCUGACGAUUGAAAGUACCCUCCGUGAGAAUUCAGAUUGUGUGAGAAGUUUCGUUGCAAGUCUGAACUUUGUAGACCUAGCUGGAAGUGAAAGAGCUUCUCAGACUCAUACAGAUGGUGCUAGGCUCAGGGAAGGUUGCCAUAUCAACCUUAGUUUGAUGACUUUGACAACAGUAAUCAGGAAGCUCAGUGUUGGAAAGAGGAGUGGUCAUAUACCAUAUCGAGAUUCAAAACUUACUCGCAUAUUGCAGCAUUCCCUUGGGGGGAACGCACGGACUGCCAUCAUAUGUACAUUAAGUCCAGCUUUAAGUCAUGUAGAACAAUCUCGAAAUACUCUCUUCUUUGCCACCCGAGCAAAGGAAGUGACCAACAACGCCCAAGUCAACAUGGUUGUUUCGGACAAGCAGCUAGUAAAACAUUUGCAGAAAGAAGUAGCAAGGCUGGAAGCAGAGCUGCGAACCCCCGACCCAUCUAAGGAAAGGGACUUAAAAAUACAGCAGAUGGAGAUGGAAAUGGAAGAGCUAAGACGCCAACGAGAUCUUGCACAAUCUCAGGCAGAUGAAUUACGAAGAAAACUUCAGGAGGAGCAGAAGAGUUCAAAUCUUCUCCAAUCACCUCGUCCAUCUGUUAAGAAGUGUCUCUCAUAUUCUUGCAAACUUGAUGGGAAGGAGCUAGGGUGCAAUGAUAAGACUAGAAGAACAAUGUUGAGGCAGUCGAUGAUGAGGCAAUCAUCAGCUGCCCCUUUCACGCUCAUGCAUGAAAUCCGCAAACUUGAGCACCUACAGGAGCAGCUUGGAGAAGAGGCUAAUCGAGCUCUUGAAGUACUGCAGAAGGAGGUGGCUUGUCAUAGACUAGGUAACCAAGAUGCUGCUGAGACAAUUGCUAAGCUGCAAGCAGAAAUAAGGGAAAUGCGUUCUGUCCAAUCAGAACCAAAAGAAGUUGAAGUUGAAGUUGGAAGUGUCGUUGCUCCUAACAGAAGUGUCAGCGCUAACCUGAAGGAAGAGAUAACGAAACUUCAUUCCCAGGGAAGCACCAUUGCAAAUCUUGAGGAACAACUAGAGAAUGUUCAGAAGUCUAUAGACAAGUUGGUAAUGUCUCUUCCAAGCAACUUUCAACAAGCUAACAUUGAAGCAACCCCCAAGACCAAGAAUCAUUCGAAGAAGAAAAAGAUGCUUCCUUUGACUUCAAGCAAUGGCGCCAAUCGGCAAAACUUUAUACGAUCCCCUUGCUCACUUUUAUCUACUUCUGAACAAGUUUUGGAGUCUGACAUUGAAAAUAGAGCUCCAGAUAAUGAUGACAUUGUAUCCACGGAGACUCGGCCAGAGUCUGAGAAAGAGACUCCUACAAAAAGUGAAGAAUGUGGAGAUAUCUCAUCAAAGGAAAGCACUCCGGUCUAUCGACGUUCAAGUUCUGUUAAUAUGAAGAAAAUGCAGAAAAUGUUCCAGAAUGCAGCUGAGGAGAAUGUCAGAAGUAUAAGAGCAUACGUUACAGAACUUAAAGAGCGUGUGGCAAAAUUGCAAUAUCAAAAGCAAUUACUUGUUUGCCAGGUGCUUGAGCUGGAAUCAAAUGAAGCAGCUGGAUACGAUAUUGAAGAGGAAGAAAUCACAAACAAUACAGAAGAGCCUCAAAUUUCUUGGCAAAUAACUUUCAAAGAGCAAAGACAGCAGAUCAUUGAGUUAUGGGAUAUAUGCUAUGUUUCCAUCAUACACAGGACACAGUUUUAUUUGUUAUUCAAGGGAGACCCUGCAGAUCAAAUAUACAUGGAGGUCGAGCUGAGGCGCUUGACUUGGUUGGAACAGCAUUUGGCAGAACUUGGGAAUGCAAGCCCAGCUCAUGUGGGAGAUGAACCCACAAUCUCCGUGUCCUCAAGCAUUAAAGCACUGAAACGGGAAAGGGAGUUUCUUGCAAAGAGGUUGACCUCGCGUUUGACAGCUGAAGAGAGAGAAUAUUUGUACAUGAAAUGGGAUGUUCCUCUUGAGGGGAAACAGAGGAAGCUGCAGUUUGUAAGCAAGCUGUGGAUGGAUCCUCAUGACCCCAAACAUGUACAGGAGAGUGCUGAAAUAGUAGCAAAGCUUGUAGGAUUUUCUGGAGGUGGGAAUAUGUCAAAGGAGAUGUUUGAGCUCAAUUUUGCAGUUCCAGCUGACAAGAGGCCAUGGAUUAUGGGUUGGAAUCCGAUAUCAAAUCUUCUGAACCUGUAAGAAACCACAUUUUGUUUAUAACUAUUUUCCAUUCUGUAAAUGUAAUUCUUUAUUGGAGUUUUUCUCCAAGUUGGUAUUAAGGUUGAGAGCCACAAUGCAUGGUUACAAUCUGAACAUUAAUCAUAUCUUUUGUAAUUUUCAUAAUUUCAAUAAAAGGAUUUAAUAUUCAUAAUUUCAGUCUCAA